AUAUCUUUUUUAUUUUAAUCUUUUCACAGUAAUUUAGUAGCAUAUAUAUUUUUACAUUAAUAUGUUCUACUUUUAUUCCGAAUGUUUAUACCUUACUUCUAUUUUAUUACAAUUAUGAUAUCUAUGUAUAAUUAUAAAAAAAUAAAGAGUAUUCACAUCAAUUUCUCGAAGAAAACAGUAAUCACAAUCCGUCUAUGCGUUCUAAUACAAUUUUUUCAAACAUCGGAAAUAGAACUUCAGUUGUUGUAAAUACAGUGUUACCACGUUGAACAUCGCCAUUUAUUGCGCUACCUUCAAUAUGUGGCUGCUGCUAGUGUCUUGAGUUCUCCACCAGACGACAACAAGCUAUGGCAUAGUAGAGUAGGCAAUAUGACAAGUAACAUGUUCUAUUACGUGUGCCGCCAAUAUUCUUUGACUUUUAUUUCCUAUUAUCUAUCAGCCAGAUAUGCGUUAAAUUAGAUAACGUGUCGAUGAUCGUGUAUUUAAAUACUGAUCAUAACAGCGUUCACACUGGGGCGUUAAGCGUUCUUCUGCCGGUCGUCAACUGUAACAUUUUCUCGAAGAACCGUGUUCGAAUCAUUUGACUCUGACCGUGGUGGCGGGCACAAAAAAUCAACGGUGCAAACAUUCUUCUGUUUCGCGAAGAAUUGGCACGCGUGCCGCUUCCACUAAAUUAUUAAUCUAUUAAUCAUGGAGGAAGAAAUUGUGAAUGGGAUUGCAAAUAAAAACGGGGAUUCAGAAGUGGACGAAGAAAUGAAACAGGACGAAGAUGGGACGUUCGACGAAUCGAGCUACCAGGAGCUAGACCACUCGCAAACCGGUCGCAGAACGAGUAUCUUCAAGUAUUACUCGUUCAACAAGAAAGAUACAAUGCCAAACUUGACGAAGAAAUCGGGCCCUCUUAUCGGAGUAAUUGAUGUUGGCACACGGACCGUUCGCUUUGUGGUGUUCAAUGCAAAACACAUAGCUGAAGUGGCAUCUCAUCAAAUCGACAUAGAACAAAUAAGUCCGCAAGAAGGAUGGAUGGAACAGGACCCGAGAGAGAUUCUUUUUGCGGUAAAGACGUGCAUCAAAGAUGUUGUCCGGAAAUUGGAUGUGCUUGGAUUGAAGAUAAACGAAAUAAUAACGAUCGGUAUUACAAAUCAAAGAGAAACCACAUUGGCAUGGGAUUCAAUGACCGGUGAACCGUUAUAUAAUGCGAUAGUGUGGUCUGAUAUCAGAACGAAUCCGAUCGUCGAUCAGAUAAUAGCCAAAUUUCCGGAUCAAAGUAAAAAUCAUAUCAAACCACUAUGCGGUUUACCAGUGAGCCCGUAUUUUUCGGCACUAAAAAUUCGUUGGAUGAAAGAUAACGUGCCCACUGUUAGAAAAGCGAUGCGAGAUAAGCGAUGCAAAGUGGGCACGAUGGACACCUGGAUCGUUUGGAAUUUAACGGGUGGCAAAGAUGGUGGAUUAUAUAUUACUGACGUAACCAAUGCGUCGAGGACCAUGUUAAUGAACCUAGAGACCCUCUCAUGGGAUCCCACGUUAUGCAGAUAUUUCGACAUUCCUAUGCAAAUAUUGCCAGAGAUUAAAAGCAGCGCUGAAAUUUACGGAAGUAUUGCGAUUGGUCCAUUGAAGGGUAUCACCAUAUCUGGUAUUUUAGGAAAUCAGCAAUCAGCGUUAGUUGGACAAAAUUGUUUAAAGAAAGGACAAGCGAAAAAUACAUAUAGAGGUGGAUGUUUUCUGCUCUGUAAUACGGGAACGACACGUGUGCAUUCUUCUCAUGGAUUAGUUACAACGGUGGCAUAUCAAUUGGGUCCAAAUAGUCCAGCUGUUUAUGCGCUGGAAGGUUCGGUUGCAGUAGCGGGUGCUGCUAUUAAAUGGUUGCGAGAUAAUAUGAAACUUAUAAAGGAUGUUCAUGAAAGCGAACAUUUGGCUCAAAGUGUUUUCAGUACUGGCGACGUAUAUUUUGUACCAGCUUUUACAGGACUGUACGCUCCAUAUUGGAGAAAAGAUGCGAGGGGAAUUAUUUGUGGUCUUACUGCAUUUACAACGAAACAGCAUAUAAUAAGAGCAUCAUUAGAAGCUGUUUGUUUCCAAACUAGAGAUAUUUUAGAAGCUAUGUACAAAGAUUGUGGUUUUCCAUUGACUAAGUUAAAUACGGAUGGAAAAAUGUCAACAAAUAAUCUUCUUAUGCAAUUGCAAGCAGAUCUUUGCGGUACGCCAGUAUUCAGAUCAACGAUGCCGGAUAUCACGGCGUUAGGUGCUGCAAUGGCUGCAGGGCAUGCAGAAGGUAUAGAUGUUUGGGAAUUAGAAGGUGAAGAGAUAGAAAGAGUGCCCAGUGAUACAUUUUUACCAACGACCACACCAGAAGAGAGAGAUGCUAGGUAUACAAAAUGGAAAAUGGCAGUUGAAAGAAGUUUAGGUUGGGCGGCAGUAAAGAGAUCUGACCAAAUGACAGACGAAAGAUAUUACGUACUGGCAUCGGUCCCUGCAAGUUGGUUCUUAAUGACAAGCUUUAUUUUGUUACGAUUAAGUUAUUAUUUGAAAAAUCGGUGACAACAUUCAUAUUGUUACAAUGGAGGAUCACUUAGAUAGCAGAUAGCCUAUAUUGUAUUACAAAUGCAAAUAGGAGUAUGAUUAUCAAGCUUUAAUUAUGAAUAGUAGAUCAAAAUAUGACCAUCAGUAACCGAUUAAAAAACGAAAAAGUAAUACAGGUAAAGACAGCUUUGAUUCAGUAGAACUACCUAUAAUUUCAAACUUUGCCAAAAGAAAUCAAUAUAGUUAAUUAAAUGAAGCGCGACACAAUAAACAGCUA